GUACGGUACGUACCGGUACGAUAAGAAUAUUUGGUGGCGGUGAAACCGACGUGAUUGUUCUUGCGGUUGCUGAACCAAAGUGAUGGUACUUGGCAGUGGUGGAGCAUCGCCCAUUGAAGACAACCAGCUUCAAGAUUGUGCUGGAGUAAUGGAUGGGGGAGGGGAUACCUGUGAAGCCGUCAUGAAGGAACCUCAGAAUGGUCCUUCUGAGAACCAUGCACCUGCCGCCAAAGAAGGCGAACCUGGCUUUGAGAUGACCGCUGGUGCAGUCAAUAUACCACAUUCUGGAGCAACCAGCUUCAGUUUGAGGAAGUUGUGGGCUUUCACUGGUCCUGGUUUCCUGAUGAGCAUAGCCUACCUUGAUCCAGGCAACAUAGAAUCGGAUCUUCAGUCAGGCGCUAUCGCUGAAUAUAGGCUGCUAUGGGUUCUUAUGUGGUGUACAGUGAUGGGUUUAGUGUUACAGCUACUAGCUGCCAGAUUGGGUUCUGUUACAGGUUAUCAUCUAGCCCAGGUGUGCUACCGGGAGUAUCCACCUGUUCCUCGAAUAGCUCUCUGGAUCAUGAUUGAGAUUGCAAUCAUUGGAUCAGACAUUCAAGAGGUGGUUGGAUCGGCUGUGGCAAUCAACCUUCUGUCCAAUAAUAAGAUUCCAAUUUAUGCUGGCUGCCUUAUCACCGGAGUAGACACAUUCACAUUCCUCUUCUUAGAGAGUGCAGGUCUACGUAAAUUGGAAGCGUUAUUUGGAGCUCUCAUCACGACUAUGGGAGGAGCUUUUCUAUACAUGUACAUCGUUGUAGCCCCUGACCAGGGCGAGAUCUUGAAGGGUAUGUGGUUUCCGUGGUGUGAGGGGUGCCAACUUCCAGCUAUCCAACAAGCAGUAGGCAUCGUAGGGGCUGUCAUCAUGCCUCACAACAUCUAUCUGCACUCUGCUCUCGUAUUGACUCGCAAGGUAGAUCACAAAGAUAAAGUCGAGGUUCGAGAAAGCAAUAAGUACUAUUCCAUUGAAUCAGCUAUUGCGUUGUUUAUAUCAUUUCUUAUCAACCUGUUUGUUGUGGCUGUGUUUGCUGCUGCCUUCUAUCCAUCUGAGAAUGCAACGCUCCUCACUGCGGGUCAAUUGAUUCAUGACAAUUAUGGUAAUGCCAUGAAGAUCAUCUGGGGCAUAGGACUACUUGCUGCAGGACAAAGCUCAACUAUGACGGGCACUUAUGCUGGCCAGUUUGCUAUGGAGGGUUUCUUAGGCAUCCGAUGGAGCAAGUGGAAAAGAGUCUUGCUAACCAGAUCUAUCGCCAUGGUACCCACCCUCCUAGUGGCUGUUUUUGCUGGAAAAGCCCUGGAUGAACUCAAUUCCAUCAUCAACAUCAUCCAGAGUAUACAACUUCCAUUCGCUCUCCUACCUAUCCUCUACUUCACAAGCCAAGAGAGACUGAUGGGAGAGUUUAAAAACUCUAGUUUCACCAAAUUCAUAGUGUGGUGCCUUGCAGUACUCAUAAUGGGGGUCAACUUCUACUUGGUGUUUGCAGAACUGAACGAC